AUGAUAUUGAAAGCAUUCAAACAAGUAGGCUUCAUUAUUGUUGAUGAACUCUGCUCUUUGUGUCCUGAAGAACAUUCUGCAUCCGAAUCAUCCACAAUAUCAAAAACACUACGAGGUGAAUCAUUGUCGUGUUCAAGCUUGCUCGGAUUUCUGUCUAAGUUCCCUGUUCGCUGCUCGAAUCGGAACUUGCGUGGUAGAGGUCGUCACUUCCUUGCUCGUUACCGUCUCAGUUCCUGCCCUACGGAAGGAAUUCCUAGAGAAAUUGGAGGAUUACAAAAUCUGGUGUAUCUUUCUUUGAGACACAACAAGUUGCAAGGAUCUAUACCUGACUCAAUGAGCAACAUGGUAGGCUUGGAAUUCCUAGACAUUUCUCAUAAUAAUAUAUCAGGAAUUAUUCCCAUGUCUUUGGAGAAACUUCAAUACCUCAAGUAUUUCAAUGUUUCUGACAACAAAUUGUAUGGUGAAAUACCCUCCGGGGGUCCUUUCAAGAACCUCUCGAGUCUGUUUUUCAUCAACAACGAAGCAUUGUGUGGUUCUUCAAAGUUUAGUGUCCCACCAUGCCCCAUUUCAUCAAAGCAUAGAUCAAAUAGGAAAAAAAUGCUAAUUCUUUUUCUUUUGCUAGGAAUAGCACUUGUAUUUGUUCCUAUUGCCUUUGUAUUCCUAUGGAUAAGGUACAGAAGAGGUAAACUAUCUCCUCAACAAGCUGAUUCAUUGUCUAUUGCAACAACGGAUAGAAUUUCAUACUAUGAACUGCUCCAAGCAACUGAUUCGCUUAGCGAGAGUAAUCUGAUUGGUUCUGGAAGUUUUGGCUCUGUCUACAAAGGCAUUCUCAAAAGUGGAACUGUCAUUGCAGUUAAAGUGUUCAAUCUGCAACUGGAAGCGGCAUUCAAGAGUUUUGAUACAGAAUGUGAAGUUUUGCGCAGCCUUCGCCAUAGGAAUCUCGUGAAAGUCAUCACUAGUUGCUCCAACUUGGAUUUUAAGGCUUUAGUGCUCGAGUAUAUGCCUAAUGGAAGUCUUGAGAAGUAUUUGUAUUCGCACAACUACUUCCUAGACAUCAGGCAGAGACUAAGCAUUAUGAUAGAUGUGGCAUGUGCGUUGGAAUAUCUCCAUCAUGGAUGCUCCUCUCUCGUGAUUCAUUGUGAUCUGAAGCCUAGUAACGUCUUGCUGGAUGAGGAUAUGGUUGCCCACCUAAGUGACUUUGGUAUUUCAAAACUGCUCGGUGAAGAUGAGAGUGAUUUAUACACAAAAACCUUAGCAACAUUUGGUUNGUUAUAUUGCACCGGGAGAAAGCCUAGUGAGUUUGAGGGAGAUCUUAGCUUGAAGCAAUGGGUGAGUUAUUCACUCCCCGAGGGAGUAAUGGAUGUUGUAGAUGCCAAUUUGGUAACACCAAUGGAUAAUCGCUUGCAGAAGGAGCUAGAUGAUGUGGCUGCAAUCAUGAAAGUUGCAUUAGAUUGCUGUGCUGAAUCUCCGGCAAGAAGGACAAACAUGAAAGAUGUUGUAGGGAUGCUACAGAAGAUCAAGAUUCAAUUUCUUGCGCGCUGA